ACCUCCACAAACACAGCCACAUCGCCAGUACACACCACCAGCUUCUUGUACCUUCAACUAUGGACGCGGAGUCGUCGACGUCGGCCUACUCGCCCCCGACCCUGCGCCACAAGCUGCGGACCACCGUGUGCGGCUGCUUCGGCUCGCCCGGCAGCAGCGACGGCGAGAGGCCGCAGACCUGCGGCGGCGGCGGCGGCGGCGGCAGGGCCAAGUGGAGGAGACGGGUGGCCGCCACGGGCGAGUUCAGGUACGACCCGCUCAGCUACGCGCUCAACUUCGACGACGGCGGCAGCGACGACAGCGACGAGGGCGCCGACGCCGCCGCGGCCGCGUUCCGGUACCGGGACUUCAGCUCCCGCCUGCCGAGCUCGCCGAAGCCGGCAGCCGCCCGCAGGCUCACCGCCGUCGCCAUCGCUUGAGUCGGACCGAACUGCAGCGACCUGUUUUCUGUAACUCUGAUUUGUCUCUCUGAUUUGAUUCCCUUCUCUAAGCGAGAUUGACGCCCUUACUUACAGAUGUAACUCUAAGCAAUUCAUUUUACGAGCAAUUUAUAUAGCCAGAGGAGUAUAGCAGCAGCAAACCGAAAUGGUUCCCCGUGUAAUCGACCACUAAUAUACAGAGGAAGAAUUGAGGCCUUGAUUGUCA